GUCAGUCAGUGCUCUGCUUUUGACUAAGAAAGGUCGUCAUGAUGGGGUUGACAACCGCAUUUCUGUUACUUUCAUUAGUGGGAUUCUGCUGUGUGGAUCUCGUAAAAACUGUUAAUAGCGGUCGGAAAGAUUGCUGUUAUGGUGAUGACACCUUCCCGCACGGUGCCGUAGUCCUGAGCCUACCAAAGAUCUGUAUGCAGCUUGUAUGUAACCAUGGCAAGGUUGAACGUCGGUACUUGGAGACACCAGGAGACAGGAACUGCUGUGAGUUCGACGGACAGAUGUAUCCACAAGGAGCGGAACUUUCAGCUCACUGUAUCACCAUGACCUGCAAAAACACGUGCUGGGAACCAAUGGACGAAAUAGACGACUGCUGUAACGUAUGUUCCCUCGACAAUGACCCUCAUAUGAUCACCUUCGAUGACUACAAAUACGAAUGGCAUGGAACCUGUAACUACUCCUUGGCCCAGAGCGACUCUACUGAAUUUCCUGAGAUUGGAGUCUUCGGUGAUUUCAGACCCUGCAACCGUAAAGCAUCCUGCCUUGACAUUUGCACAUUUAAGAACGACGAACACACGGUCAUAACACUGACGCAUAGCUCUGUCUUCGACAUACUCGUGAACGGUGAUCCUUACCAUGUGAAGCCCGGCAAGGUGCAGGCUGUGAAGUCUUCUCAUGGUUGCCAUCCCGUCUUAGUUUGGCGUAUAAGUUUCAGAUGCAUCAGACUCCUGGGCUCGUCAAGACUUAUGAUCCAGCACUGCAAGAACACGAUGCAAAUCUGGGCACACCCGUACCACACAGACAACCUGGACGGGCUGUGCGGUCACUUCAACUUCUAUAUGGAGGACGACUUUACGAAUAGAAACGGACAAGUCCACAAUCUGGUUAAGUGGCCUCAAGCCUUCCCUUACUCCUGGCUGACCAAUACCCAGAUGGACAGAAUCUGUUCCCGGCAUUGUCCUAAAUGCAGAGAGGAGACGACGGAGAACCCUUGUGACGCGACUUCCUUACAGUGGCGGCGGUACAUGGACAUGUGUGAGAAAAAACUGUUGAAAGCCAUCGGCCACAGAACAGAACUAAAGAACCGCAUCGAAAACUGCGCCUUUGACUUGUGCAUGAUGGAGCAGAGCGGAGAGAGGUUGGAGGAGCUGCAGCGGUGGCUUCAUGAGCUGCUGGAGUUGAUAAAGAUAUUGGCGGAGAUCUGGGACAACACCAAAGGUCACGUUGUUCCACAGUAUUCGCAAUAAGUUGGUGGCAGGUGAUUUGUGGUAUCAAAAGGACAUUCGAUGACGCAGCGUGGCAUACUUGUUACUAUUCCUUUAAUUAAAAAUGUUAAAAUAUUUUAAUAAAGUUUAUUGGCUCAAA